CCUUAGGAUCUUUUGCAGAGACUAAGUCCCAGCUUGUAGAGACUUGAGACUUGGAGUAGUGCAGCGGAAGUUGAGACGGUUGAACCCUUGUACUAGUAUGUGAGAACAAAGACUAAGUCCCAGCUUGUAGAGACUUGAGACUUGGAGUAGUGCAGCGGAAGUUGAGACGGUUGAACCCUUGUACUAGUAUGUGAGAACAACAGCGUGUCUAGCAGCAAGCAAGCACUGUGUUAGGAAAGUGCAGUGCUGCGUGUGUGCUACUGCUAGAGCAGGAGCACGGUGGGGGAAGCUAUCCGCGCUAUAUCCGACUCGAGUUGCGAUUAAUGUUGCAGGCGCAGUCGUCUGUCGGGAGCUGCUUUGCGGAACGUUGACUUUCCCUUAGCUUGCGUGGGUGGAACGAAAUUAGGUCAGCGUGCCAAGCGGUGGGGGAAGAGAUUUCGGAGAGGCGCGUGUUGACGCAAAGCGGGGUUCUUUUUUAUCUCUAGGGCUGAAUAAGCUCGGAGGGAAUUUAGGGUUGAUUCAAGUUUUGCGAAACCCUUUUAUCAGAGGCUACGAUUAAUUCCAGCAAAGCGUACUCCGGCUUGCGUCACCAAAGCAGACUUCCGUCCUGCCAAGGCCUAAAUCAGGGCUUAGUGUCAAGUGAUUUAGAAUCGGCAUCGCGUGGAGCAGGCGCGAUGUACGGAGGAGGCGAGGAGGAGGAGUACGAGGGGGAGCGCGAGGAGGAGGAGAUCACGCAGGAGGACGCGUGGGCCGUGAUAAGCGCGUACUUCGAGGAGAAGGGGCUCGUGCGGCAGCAGCUGGACUCGUUCAAUGAAUUCAUUCAGGACACCAUGCAGAGCAUCGUGGAUGAAUCCGCGGAGAUUGAAGUCCGGCCGGAGGCGCAGCAUAUUCCCGGUCGACCAAUGGACACCACCGAUAUGUCGUGCAAGGUGACGUUCGGGCAGAUCUACCUGUCCAAGCCAACCAUGACUGAACCUGAUGGCGAGACGAAUACCUUGUUUCCAAAAGCAGCGCGCCUCCGCAACCUGACUUACGCAGCCCCCCUCUACGUGGACAUCACCAAGACCAUCACCACGCGGGGCGAGGACGGGGAGGAGGAGGUCAGCGCGGAGCAGGCGGACAAGGUCUUCAUCGGGAAGAUCCCGAUUAUGCUGCGGUCGAACUACUGCACGCUGCAUAACGCGACUGAGAAGGAGCUGACGGAGCUGGGGGAGUGCCCGUAUGACCAGGGGGGGUAUUUUGUGAUCAAUGGGAGCGAGAAGGUGCUUAUAGCGCAGGAGAAGAUGGCGAGUAAUCACGUGUAUGUGUUCCAGAAGCGGCAGCCGAACAAGUACGCGUAUGUGGCGGAGGUGCGGAGCAUGGCGGAGAGGCAGAAUCGCCCGCCCAGCUCCUGCUUCGUGCGCAUGCUCUCGCGCUCCUCUUCGAAAACGGGCUCCUCGGGGCAAGUGAUCCGCGCCACGCUGCCGUACAUCAAGGCGGAGAUCCCCAUCAUUGUGGUCUUCAGAGCGCUGGGCUUUGUGGCGGACAAGGACAUCAUGGAGCACGUGUGCUACGACUUCACUGAUACCGCCAUGAUGGAGCUGCUCAGGCCCUCCUUGGAGGAGGCGUUUGUCAUCCAGAACCAGCAGGUGGCUCUGGAUUACAUUGGCAAACGAGGCGUGCCUGUGGGUGCGCCGCGCGAGCGAAGAAUAAAGUACGCCAAGGACAUUCUGCAGCGGGAGUUCCUGCCUCACGUUGGCGUGGGCGAGUUCUGCGAGACCAAGAAAGCCUAUUUCUUUGGCUACAUGAUUCACCGUCUGCUGCUUUGCGCCUUGGGGCGGCGCAAUGAGGACGACAGGGAUCACUACGGCAACAAGCGCUUGGACCUCGCUGGGCCGCUGCUGGCAGGGCUGUUCCGCCAGCUGUUCCGCAAGCUCACCAAGGACGUGCGCGGCUACCUGCAGCGGUGCGUGGACCACGGCAAGGAGAUCAACAUCACAUAUGCAGUCAAGGCAAAGAUCAUCACCGGGGGGCUCAAGUACUCUGUGGCUACGGGUAACUGGGGGCAGGCCAACCAGGCCGGCACCAAGGCAGGGGUGUCGCAGGUGCUGAAUCGGCUGGCCUAUGCAUCCUCCCUCUCCCAUCUCCGUCGCCUCAACUCCCCCAUCGGCCGCGAUGGGAAACUAGCCAAGCCGCGCCAGCUGCACAACUCGCUGUGGGGCAUGAUGUGCCCCGCAGAGACCCCCGAGGGGCAGGCAGUGGGGCUGGUGAAGAACCUGGCACUGAUGACGUACAUCACUGUGGGGAGCAACGCCGCUCCCAUCCUGGAGUUUUUGGAAGAGUGGCUGACAGAGAACCUCGAGGAGAUCUCCCCAGCGCUCAUCCCGCAGGCCACCAAGGUGUUUGUCAACGGCUGCUGGGUGGGCGUACAUCGGGACCCGGACGAGCUCGUGAGGACUCUCAGGCAGCUGAGGAGGCAGCUGGACGUGAACUCGGAGGUGUCAGUGGUGCGAGACAUCAAGUUGCGAGAACUUCGGCUGUACACGGACUAUGGGCGGUGCUCUCGGCCGCUCUUCAUCGUGGAGAAGCAGCGGCUGCUGAUCAAGAAGCGCGACGUGCUGGCGCUGCAGCAGGAGGGGUCGGGCAUCGGGUGGAACGAGCUGGUGGAGAAGGGGUUCAUCGAGUACGUGGACACGAUGGAGGAGGAGACGACUAUGAUCUCCAUGACCAUCCAUGACGUCACUGCAGCCCGUCUCAACCCCAGAGAGGCGUACAGUGACACGUACACGCACUGCGAGAUCCACCCGUCGCUCAUCCUGGGGGUGUGCGCUUCGAUCAUCCCCUUCCCCGACCACAACCAGUCCCCCAGGAACACGUACCAGUCCGCCAUGGGCAAGCAGGCGAUGGGCAUGUAUGUCACCAACUACCAAUCCCGCAUGGACACCGUGGCCUACGUGCUCUACUACCCGCAGAAGCCCCUCGCCACCACCCGCGCCAUGGAGCACCUGCACUUCCGCGAGCUGCCCGCUGGCAUUAACGCCAUAGUGGCCAUCGCGUGCUACUCAGGCUACAACCAGGAGGACUCGGUGAUCAUGAACCAGUCAUCCAUCGACAGGGGCUUCCACCGCUCCAUCGUCUUCAAGUCCUACAGGGACGAGGAGAAGAAGAGCGGCAGCAUGGUGAACGAGGAAUUCGAGCGGCCCAACCGAGACAUCACCAUGGGCAUGCGGCAUGGGUCGUACGACAAGCUGGACGACGAUGGCAUCAUCCCUCCGGGCUCGCGCGUGGCAGCAGAGGACGUGAUCAUCGGCAAGACCACGCCCCUCCCGCUGGACGAGACGGGUGGCGUGGCGCAGCGAUUCAGCAAGCGGGACAUGAGCACGUGCCUCAAGCACAGCGAGACGGGCAUGAUCGACCAGGUGGUCCUCACCACCAACAACGACGGGCUGCGCUUCGUGAAGAUCCGCGUCAGAUCCAUCCGCGUGCCCCAAAUCGGAGACAAGUUUGCCUCCCGGCACGGGCAGAAGGGCACGAUCGGCAUGACGUACACCCAGGAGGACAUGCCGUUCAGCGCCGAGGGCAUCUCCCCGGACAUCGUUGUGAACCCCCAUGCUAUCCCGUCGCGCAUGACCAUCGGGCAUCUGAUCGAGUGCCUCAUGAGCAAAGUGGCGGCCCACAUGGGAAAGGAGGGGGACGCCACUCCGUUCACCGAUGUCACGGUGGACAAUCUGAGCCGCACGUUGCACAAGUGCGGGUACCAGAUGCGGGGGUUCGAGCGCAUGUACAACGGCCACACGGGCCGGCCCCUGCUGGCAAUGAUCUUCUUGGGCCCCACCUACUACCAGCGCCUCAAGCACAUGGUGGACGACAAGAUCCACUCCAGGGGGAGAGGACCCGUGCAGAUUCUCACGAGGCAGCCAGCGGAGGGGCGAUCACGAGACGGUGGGCUGCGGUUCGGCGAGAUGGAGCGGGACUGCAUGAUAGCGCACGGCGCCGCGGCGUUCCUCAAGGAGCGGCUGUUUGACCACAGUGACGCGUACCGCGUGCACGUGUGCGAGUUCUGCGGGCUCAUCGCCAUCGCCAACCUCAAGAAGGGGCUGCUGGAGUGCCGCGGGUGCAAGAACAAGACGGACAUUGUGCAGGUGCACAUGCCAUAUGCGUGCAAGCUGCUGUUCCAAGAGCUCAUGGCCAUGGCCAUUGCGCCUCGCAUGCUCACCCGGGAGCCUCCAGCGCCUAAGGCAAAGAAGAAGGCACCUGCACCUGCUGCUGCAUCUUGAUGAGCUUAAAGUACCAUCAGGUGGAUAUGUGAACACUUAUUAUGGUGCUACUUAAGUUGGUUUGAGUGUUUGGGGUCUAGCUGUGAAGAAGCCUCAUGAUCGUUUGAAAUGGAGGAUCCCCUUUGCAAAUAAGCAAGUGAUGUUGAAGAUCCGGCUUGACAUGCAUGGGAUACACUAAGGGUUGUUCCAGACCAGAAGCCAGGCACGGGAUGUGAGCACUGCUGGGAUUGAGUGGGGACCACAAAAGGAUCCAAGGGGACGUGGCAAAAGGUGAACUGU